CCAUCCUGUUGAGAAAGAGAUUAAUCGAAACAGCUCUGUGAACGAGGAAUAUGAUAUGAAAAUUCGAGAAAAUAGUACAAACCAUAAAAAUGUUUUACCAAAUAAUAUAAAGAAUGCAGAUUAUAACGAUUCCGAUAAAUUGAAAAACACAGUGCCCGACGUAAAUAAACAAGACGAAAAUAGUAAAUCAGCAUCAGAUAUCGGUACUAAAAAUAACGCACCGGAAAUGGAGGCUUCUAAAAGUGAUAAUGCAGUCGAGUUUAAAAUUAAAGAUGUCGAAAAUUUAAAUGAUGAUUUAGUUAUAGAAGGCGUAGAGUACCAAGAUCCAGAAGUAGGAACAUGUUACGUAUUCUCCAUUGUGGGAAGUCCUAACUUUAUUAGUGAAAACAAUGAUAAAGUAGAAGAAUCGCAAUCAGAUGUGGAUAACAACUUUAAAAUAUCAGAUACAUGUGAUAGUUCUGACAUCGAAGACCUAAAACUGAUAGUACCCAAGAAUACAUACUCAAAAAGAGGCAAAACAAAAAAUGAGGACAUAGAUUUUAAUGACCGAAAGAACAAACGCAAUUUAAAAAGAAAAUUGGAUAUAACCGAUGUAAAAAUGAAAGUAAAGAGAUAUAGAAAAGGCAAAAAUAUUGAUUACCCAAAAUUCAGUAAGUUUUCUAUGUUGGAAACGAGAUACAGUAAAGAAUACAAUAACUUAAUUGACUACUACAGGUCUGUACAAUUUUCAUAUUCUCGUCCGUUUCACAUAGAUCACAUAAAUGUCGAUCUAUUACAUCAAAACUGGCCCAUCCAAAGCACAAUUAAAGAUUUCGGUCAUAGUACUGAUAUGAAUUUAUUCAGCGAUUUAGAAAUGACAAAUACACCAGACCCACUGAAUCAAACGUUGGCAGAAGAAUUAAUUGCUAACUAUGACGAUGUGGAAAACUGCACAUCGAAUGAAAUUAAGGAAACAAAUUUCAAAAUGGGUUUUGGUGAGGAGUCCGACAGAGUCAUAAAUUUGGGAUUAGACUUUUCAAAAUUUCCGGCUGCGACUCUGUCGGACGUAAAGCAAUAUCAGCCGAUAUUACAGUCCGCAAACAGUAUCCAUAAGAACAACAUAUCUACGACAAAUAUUAAAAACGAACAACUGGAGGGUAUUAAACGUUUAACUACAUACAUUCAUUUAAAGGAUAAAGUGAGAGAUUAUUUCCAUAAAAAUACCUUUGAUCUGAAUUUCGAUAACGUGCACCAUAAGACCUUUGAAUCAAAACACCUUGAUUGGGAUACAAAAGAUUUGUUGACGGAUCUCUGUCGACCAGAUUUUUUUAAUCCCUUUCCGGUGGAACAUGUUGUCCAAGUUGUGCAGGUGGGACAGCUACCCGUCAGUACUGCUGCCCAGAACCCUGUGACCUGCGACCCUCGAGUAACUCAAGUGUCUGACGCCAGCCCGUCACAGUGCUCAAUGGAAAACAGUCCAAAUGACGAUUCUCAAUCGGUAAUCAAAACAGAAUAUACAGAACUCACCACAGCCGAUUUGCCUCUAUCAUUGGUGCAUGGCUACUCGCAGCAUAAUUUACAACAUUUACAGCAUUCUGAGAUGCUCGAAGCUGACGGUGAUAUUUCCAUGCACACCGAAAUAAAGUCUGUCGUUAAAAUCGAACUAGUGGAAGAGUUGCCGGAAGAAAAGGAUGAAAGCGAAAUCCCGCUAAGUAAUGAAUUAGAAGUAAGAACCAUCAAAAUAGAAAAUGAAGCAGAUUAUUCUUUCGAAUCCAACCAUGUGUCCCCUAAACCAGAGCCAAGUCCAAGUCCAAGUCCGACAGCACCUAUAUACCAAAAUGAUUAUCCUCCAGUGGAACAGGAGAAAGAAUCAAAUUGUAUCACCGUAUCAAAAGAAUAUAAUGAUAGAUACGAGAAAAAAGACCAAAUAGCUCACGCUAUGACAGCCGCUGGUAUACCAACUUCGCCAGAACCGGCCACUAGUCCCUCGCCUGAUAUGAUGCCUGAAAGUAUGUGUCAAGGUUCAAUUGGGAGUCAUCAAACUUCAAGCAAUUUUCAAAAAAUUAGCUCUGUGGCCUUACAACAGGCGCUAGCCCAAAUCCUUCCACCGCCAUUGAAUCAGACUAACGUGCAAGAGAAUGGCCAGCAAGGUUCUAAUCCUUCGAUAGCGCCACAAGUCUUGCAUAUUGUUAAAAAUGCUUCCGGAAACCAACUAACUCUCGUAGAUAAUACACAGCAAUCUGUUAUAAAUACGACAGGCUCUGCUACUCCAGUAUUGCACAUUGUACAGAACAAGGGUCCAACGCAAGCUAACGCGGCCUCAGCAGCUCCAACGAACACGUUCAGUGGACUGUCACUUGUCGAUACUGGAUUUCAACAAGGCAGUAACCAGCUCCUCCAUAUAGUAAACGCUGGAAAUCAAAACAAUAACACCGGGCAAUUAUUAAAGCGAGUGAAUCUCUUAACGAACCUCACGAAUGCUCAAGGGUCCAAUGAACAGAAAAUCGUGCAAUUCGUAUGCAAGUCUGCGGACGGAAAAGCCAUUCAACUUAAUGCACCGCAUCAGCGCGGUAUGGUCUUAAGAUUGCAGCCAUUUGAUACAUCUAAUGUUCAAAGUAGCUCCGCAAAACCAACAGAAAACCAAGAUCCAAAUCAAUCUCCUGCUUCCCAAUGUUCGACUCAUAUUAAUGAUGCAACGUCACAACAAGAAAUCAAGACCAGGUCCGUCUACGAAGAAAAUUAUACACAGUUUAUAAAUAAUUCUACAACACAACAGACCGUUUCGGAAUCUACCAGUCUACCGAAAUUCAAUCAAGCGUUUGGGAAGCAAGUGUUUCAAGACGAGACACAGAAACAGGACGAGAUAACCAAUAACAAUUCUCAUUUGCCGUCGAUGAAUCCGGAGAAUUCGGAAUGUCAGUCGAGUGAGAACUCGCUGAAUCUCGAACACAUUGAUCAAAUUAAUAGCCCUCCGUUGCUGCUAAGGAAGUCUCCGGCUCGGACAACGCAGGCCCAGCCCAAUCUCGUUCAGCAAAUCAAACAGACCAUGGCUCCGAUAAUGCACGGGGGAGUGAUCUAUACGCGCCAAAUACCAGUCAACAUUGGAGGUGGGCAGACCAUCAACCUCAUUACGGUUCCGAGCUCGAACGCAGAACACGAGGAUUCGAAUCAGAAACAGCAAUCGGAAGUUAAAUUUGUUAAUCAAAACGCUGAAAUCGAUUCGCCGAUUAUUAAAAUCGUCCAACAGAAUCAAACCGCAACUAAUGGCGACGCACAUCAGGACGAACACAGUGCUCACGUCGGCGCGAACGCGGAAUCGUCGAGCGCUCCUCCGCCGCAACCACAACCGGUCCUAACUCAAAUGAGGAUCAAGUUGCCUAUGCUCAGCAAAAAUCCGCAAAUGGUAUCAGGAGCUAGAGUCGUCAGACCCUCAUUUUUUCAGAUACAGAGAAACGUGAUCGGUGGCGCUAAUCAGCCUGUAUACCAGCAACUUGUCCUCACAGCUGCUCCCCCGCUGGGACAGCAGACCAUUAGGCUACCACAGACACAGACCAGGCCCGUUAAGCUACCGUCUGAGAACCCAACAGCUGAAUCUCAGAUGAGCACGUCGACUUUAGAACAAUUGCGAGAGUUCGAUUUAGUUCUAGAGCAGGUUAAAGAGAGGAGUACGGGUCAGCCGAAUUCCACGAGCGCUUUUUCUAAACGUCAUUCUUCAACGUCCGAGGCCUCUGAUACACCAGUGUCGACCAGCUCAGAAUCUUCUCAACAAUCACGCUAUUCCAGUACUAACCAAACAGUAAGCGCUGCGUUCACAACUAGAAAAUCAUCAGUGUCUAGUUCGUCGACCGCUAGCACAUUUGCGCGAUCCCCCGAUUCAUCCGGUAUCGUCGAUUCCCCGUCGUCAUCACACGUGCACGUACCUCAACCAGCAAGGCCAGAAACGACGCCAACCGAGACCACUGCUCCACCCAAGCCCACGAAAUCGACCACAAAGCCAAGGUCAAGACCGAAGGCUUCGUCGAAUCCGCCCAACACUCUUAAAUUACCUGUUCCGCCGAAGACAUCUAGUCAAAAGCCAUUAGAAGAUGAGCAAACGACGCAAAGGAUUCUAUACAUUUUAGCUGAAUAUAAAGAGCAAGUCGAGAAUUCGCCGGAUAAAGAUAAGCCAGCUCCUCGUCGACGAACGAAUCUACCGAUCAACGCCUCUGGUUCGAAGAGGAGGAAAGGCUCGUUUUGCCGUCGCCAUUGCAUGAGUCCGAUACAAGGGGAAGACUCGUGUCGGACAAUGGGCUCUGAAGACAGCAGCUGUGGCACAUCCCUCGGAGACUGUACCGAAAAUGAAUGCAUACAUUCGCCGCAGGAGAGUCCACGGAAAGUUGUUCGGCGAUUGACUUUUGAACAGGACGCUCCAUUGCUACAGCAGCGCCCCCAACCGAGGAACGUGAUUCUCGCUGACGGGCAAACGAUUACGCUGGCCCGCGGGACGGCUGGCAAGCCCACGACAGCAGUUUUGAUGCCGGCCAAUUACAUUUUGCCCGUCUCCAUGGUCAAAGGGGGGCAGCAGAUCGCUAUAGUAACGAAUCGGGGGCCGAAGCUCCUGACUGUGACAGGUAGCGACGGAGCCACAACCAACGCGUUAUUGUUGCAACGCUUGGUCGGACCGGCCGGAUUGAAGCCGGUGCUGUCGCGACCCGGGGUUCGCCACGUACGUCUGCCGGCCUCAGCGUUGCAUAACCUUCAGGCUUUCAACCUAUCGACGGCUACGACGGUGCAGCCUCCCGACAGUACCGCUGCGACAUCCUCGGCGCCCGACCCGCCCGAGCUACUGGACACUCGAGCGACCAGCUCCCCGUGGGCCGAGCGAGAUUCCCAAGAUCCAAAACCGGACAGCGACUCGAGUCCCGAUGGCUCAGGACCUUGGAACUUGCCAACGUCGUCCGAUCCUCUCGACUACGCCUACGAGGAGACUGUACGCACAGACAACAUGGAUCGGACAGUGCUCGACGCACUGCCCGAUCGUUACACUCCCGAUAUGGAGGCCCAAAGGAUUUUUGAUAAGAUGUUCGACGUUGACUCGAAAAAGUCUUUCAUGGUCGAUAGCCAGGACGAUUCGCCGCGAUGCGGCUACGAUAUAGACACGUCAGAUUGCGACGAUAAGGCUUACCAUCAGGUUGUCCAUCGGAAGGAUGGGACUCAUCGCAGGCUCACCCACGUUUCCGCUGCCGCCCUCAGACAUAAAUACGCUAUAUUGGAACACGAAUUACGUUUACAAAAAUCCCUGUCUGAAGAGUGCGAGGACCUGGGCGUCGAUUCGCCGUCAGCCUCGGAACUGUUCCCGGAAGCGGAACUGCUGUUUGGGUCGUCGCCGGCACACGAGCACACGCACGACCACCACACUCACACACCGCAAACGACGAUAUCAUCCAGCUGCAUACCACAGCCAGACAUGGACGACCAAAUAGCGACCGACCAGCUUCUGCGGCCUCGAACUCAUCAGGAACAAGACCUGGGACUGGGUCUGGAGGACGUCGGUAUUGUCACUGUCAGCGAGGACGGGAUGCAGGCCACCAUCGCGCUAGAUCAGGAGGAGUUCGCCCGGUCUCACCCUAACACCACCUUCCACAGUGAACCCACUGAAGAGGGAGAGAUUCAGCCGUUCACUAUAGCCGGUUUCAAAGGACGUCAAAUAACGUCGACCAUAUUCCACGCGAACCGUGCGCCGGCCACCGUGCUCAUGGCGGCCCCGCAGACCACCGUCAUCUCGCAGGCCACGCCCGACGGCACCGGCGUGCAGAACAACGUCAAGUACGACAUCGAGAACAUGAUCGACUCGUUGCCCGACCACGGAGACAACGUCAACAUACCGUCCGUACUCGUGAAGGAGGACGGCCUCACCCGGUACGACAACAUCCUCACCGACAACAGAGAAAUACACAUUUCGAAUACCGCCUCCGCGAUCGUGCACUCCACCGGAAACGCCACCCAGGUGAUCCGGAGAGUUCGCUACGAAGAGAAGAGGGAGAGGGUCAGGGACGUGCGGUACGCGGUGGACGAACCCGAAGCUCUCAUCGCAGGGGACGACGCGAAGAUGAUGGGCGAGGACAGCUCCAGGGAGGCGACUUUAGAAUCGAUGCCCGAAGACAUGGACGACGACCGAUCGUCGCCCGAGCGACACGGCGACCUGUUCUGGGAGACGAACUCGGAGCGCUCCGAGGGGCGGCGGCCGGACUUCAGCAGCGACAGCGACAAGUGCUACGACGAGACCAACUCGACGGACUCGAGCGGGGCCGGCGCGCACGUGCGGCUGCACUCCGUCAUCAAGGACGCGCGCGAGUGCACGGCGCUCGACGACGCGCACCCGCCGCUGCGCACGUACCCCGCCAAGCGCCCCUACCAGCCCGAGGUCAGCCUGUCGGGCAAGACCCGCGCCGGGGAGCGCCGCGCCUCCGCCCGAGGGGUCGUGAAGCGUGGCUGCCACUGCUGCUCCGGCGAGCCCUUCCCGCCGCGUACUAAGAAGCCGCGGCCCAGGAAACCGACCCUCGACUUCACUGCAGCGAACUGAAUUGUCGCGAGUCUGCAUUGUUAGCGUCGACGGACCUCACCACUCCUGCUGACGUCUUGGAAGUAAUUGAAUAUGCAAUUUCGAAAAGGGCAUAUCUCACAAAUAUAAAAUAUCUAAUUAAAUGUAUAUACUGACGUUUAAGAUUUUAAUUCCAGU